AUGUCCAGCUCCAACUCCAGGCGGCGGGGGCACGACCAGCUCGUCAUAGAAGAUUGGGAGAUGGGGUACAGCAUCCACAAGCUGGACAUCGACGACUUGGACUCUGACGCCCGCGCCGCCGCCGUCAGCAACCAGCAGCUGGGGCGCCUCCCCGAGCCCUGCGCCAUCCGCAUCGAGGCUCCGGUGGACCGGUACCCUGCAAGUGUGACCGCAAUCGGCCGCAAAAUCUUAUUCGUGACAGACCGGUACAGCGACGAGGCACCGAUCCUCAUCUACGACACGGAGACGGCGUCGCUGGCCAUCGGGCCUCGCCCCACGCCCGCGCUGCUCCCCCUCGGGCACAUACUCUUCGUGCCCGUGGACGAGCGGUGGCUUUACGCGCUCAACCCGCGCCGUGAAGAUCGUCUGCAGUGCUCCUUCGAGGUGAUCUCACGGGGGCCUCGCGACGAGGAGGACGAGUUCCGGCUGUCCUGGCGCGCCGAGCGGUGGUCGGUGGAAAGCGUCCCCGCGCCGAUGCCUUUGGGCUACCGCGAUGUCGUCAGAGCCUACGCCGUGCACCCGGACGGGCGCACCAUCUUCGUGUCUGCAAAAGAACUGUGGUCGAGGGAGGGAGAGGGAGAUACCACCCACUCCUUCGACACCCGGAGUUCGGUGUGGACGCGGCACGGCGAGUGGCAGCUGCCUUUCCAUGGCCAGGGCUACUACGUCGACGAGGUGGACGCGUGGGUGGGGCUUCGCAGGGAUGGGUUCCUUUGCUCCUGUGCCAUCCCUUCCCGCCGUCGAACAGCCGAGCGGCCGCCGGACUCGAAGCUCGGGAGGAAGACGCUGUUUCGCGAGAAUCCCAAGAGACAUGUGGGGCAGCCUACAGGUGCCACGCUCACGUACAUGGACGACGCCAGGUUCUGCCUUGUCGAGUGCGCGGCCCGGCAAGGCGUCAGAUGGCGGGACGCCUCGGACGGUGAAGUCGACGGCUGUGUCCUACAUGUCACCGUAUUUGGCGUCAAGUAUGACAAGAGGGGCGGCCUACAAACUACGGAUCACCAUGAACGUUCGUACCUUGUCUCUAGGUAUGGCCCCAUGUUUGCAGCGCAGACGUUCUGGAUGUAA